AUGAACCAGCAAAAAACUCGUCCCAUCCAAAAGUUUGCCAAAGCAGUCUCACAAUGCUCUGCAGAGGCCACGUCUUAUGGUAGAUGCAUUGUUGCCGACUACAACGCUGUACACAAAGAUAAGUGUGUCAGGGAGUUUAUGAGGCUCAAAGAUUGUUAUUUGGCAGCAUCAAAGAAACCAUAG